GGGUGGGGGUGCCGCGCCAGCCUCGCGUAGCGGCUCUGACGCCGCCGCCGCCCUCCGCAGCCCAGCCCGCGCCCCGCGCAGCUCCGCAGUGCUCUAGCCACCGCCUCCGCCGCUCCGCUGGUCCCGCUGCUCGCCUGCCCGGUCUGGCCCUGAGCGAGCCUCGAACGCCACUCUAGCGGGUCAUGAGCCAGAGCGCCCCGCGGCGCAGUGGGGACAGCGAGCGGAGGUAGCGGCCUCGCGGCCCCGGGCCUCGCUGUCUUGACGCGCGUCCGCCGCGUCCUCGGCCCCUUCUGUCCUUUCCUCGGGCCCUGCCGCCGCCAUGGCCACCCUGCUCCGCAGCAAGCUGUCCAAUGUGGCCACGUCCGUGUCCAACAAGUCCCAGGCCAAGGUGAGCGGUAUGUUUGCCAGGAUGGGUUUUCAGGCGGCGACGGACGAGGAGGCGGUGGGCUUCGCGCACUGCGACGACCUCGACUUUGAGCACCGUCAGGGCUUGCAGAUGGACAUCCUGAAAGCCGAGGGCGAGCCCGGCGGAGAGGAGGGCGCAGAACCGCCCGUCGAAGGGGACAUCCAUUACCAGCGCGGCGGCGGCGCUCCCCUGCCGCCCUCAGGCUCCAAAGACCAGGGCAUGGGGGCCGGUGGUGAGUUCGGGGGCCACGACAAACCCAAGAUCACAGCGUGGGAAGCGGGCUGGAAUGUGACCAACGCCAUUCAGGGCAUGUUCGUACUGGGCCUGCCCUACGCCAUCCUACACGGUGGGUACCUGGGGUUGUUCCUCAUCAUCUUCGCCGCCGUCGUAUGCUGCUACACCGGCAAGAUCCUCAUCGCGUGCCUGUACGAGGAGAACGAGGACGGCGAGGUGGUGCGCGUGCGGGACUCCUACGUGGCCAUAGCCAAUGCGUGCUGUGCACCGCGCUUCCCCACGCUGGGCGGCCGCGUGGUCAAUGUGGCGCAGAUCAUCGAGCUGGUGAUGACGUGCAUCUUGUACGUGGUGGUGAGCGGCAACCUCAUGUACAACAGCUUUCCCGGGCUGCCCGUGUCGCAGAAGUCCUGGUCCAUUAUCGCCACGGCUGUGCUGCUGCCCUGCGCCUUUCUAAAGAACCUCAAGGCUGUGUCAAAGUUCAGCCUACUGUGCACGCUGGCCCACUUCGUCAUCAAUAUCUUGGUCAUCGCUUACUGUCUAUCUCGGGCGCGCGACUGGGCCUGGGAGAAGGUCAAGUUCUACAUCGACGUCAAGAAGUUCCCCAUCUCCAUCGGCAUCAUCGUGUUCAGCUACACGUCGCAGAUCUUCCUGCCCUCGCUGGAGGGGAACAUGCAGCAGCCCAGCGAGUUCCACUGCAUGAUGAACUGGACGCACAUCGCCGCCUGCGUGCUCAAGGGCCUCUUCGCGCUCGUCGCCUACCUCACCUGGGCGGAUGAGACCAAGGAAGUCAUUACGGAUAACCUGCCCGGCUCCAUCCGCGCGGUGGUCAACAUCUUUCUGGUGGCCAAGGCGCUCUUGUCCUACCCGCUGCCCUUCUUCGCUGCUGUCGAGGUGCUGGAGAAGUCGCUCUUCCAGGAAGGGAGCCGCGCCUUCUUCCCCGCCUGCUACGGAGGCGACGGGCGCCUCAAGUCCUGGGGGCUCACGCUGCGCUGCGCGCUGGUCGUCUUCACGCUGCUCAUGGCCAUCUAUGUGCCCCACUUCGCGCUGCUCAUGGGCCUCACCGGCAGCCUCACCGGCGCCGGCCUCUGCUUCCUGCUGCCAAGCCUCUUCCACCUGCGCCUGCUCUGGCGCAAGCUGCUGUGGCACCAAGUCUUCUUCGACGUUGCCAUCUUCGUCAUCGGCGGCAUCUGCAGUGUGUCCGGCUUCGUGCAUUCCCUCGAGGGCCUCAUCGAGGCCUACCGAACCAACGCGGAGGACUAGGGGGGAGAGCGAGCCCGACCGCUUCCUUGCCCUCCCCGCCAACCCACCCCCACCAGCCCCGCGCGCUGUGCCGCCGCGCUUGGGAAGCCAAGCUUCAACAUCUCUGGUUCCUAGUUUCUGAUUAUUCGGGGACGGGGGUGGGAGGGAGGGGAUAGGGAUCCAUGAUCCAUCGCGUCUGCGUUUCUGUUGUCCUUUCUUUUCCACAACACCCUGGUUUUGGGGGGAGGCGGGAGCAUUUGUGGGCGGGGGUUUCUGUCCUUCCAGGAGGGGCCCCGACACUUUGGUUCCAGUCACCCAGGAAAUGGGAAGGGAAGGAGAAGGGGCGCAGCUCACAGGCGCGGGAACUUGACCUUGGGGGGACAUUUCACAGCCAUCCAGUGCUCAGAAUCUACAGCGUCUCGCCAUUUCCAGCAAGAGCGCUUCCCAUUCCCGAGGCAUUGCAACCUUGCAGCCAGAAAGGCUGACCGGGAAAUCCAUUGUGGGCGGGCGAUUUCCUUCGGCGAAGCCGGGGGAAGCCGCUGCGGGGCGGGUCUGCCUGCCUGUUUUCAGGAAUCCAAAUUCAUCUUGUGCAAUUUAUCAGGUUGUGGAACUGUCCUACUGUGCGUGUGGUGUGCUCGUGGUGAAUAAGAUGAAAUGUAUAUCAGAAAAAAAAAUCUAUCUCUAAUUUAGAGUGCGGUACAUAAUUAUAUCCGCAAAUAAAGAAGAAACAAAGGCG